AUGCCUCUCGCAAAGAUGCCUCGCGUCGUCAUAGACGGCGCGACAUACGCAAAGAACAGCGCGAAGAACGGCGCAGUCUUCGCCGCAGGUUUCCUGCCCAGCGUCAUCAAUGCCAUCAACACUGGAUCCAAGCCCCUCCAAGUCGUCAUCCACGAGAUGGUGAAGGACGAGGCCAAGUACCAGAUCCAGCACCAGCUCUACGCACAGGAGUGGCUCACAUCCCACCCCCCUCCCUACAUGGUCGCCAUCACCAACGAGUGCGGAACCCUCCGCGCCGACCUCAUGCAGGAGAUCGGCGACCAGGGCGAGGUCAAGAAGCUCGUCAUCAUGCUCGAGGUCGACCAGAAGAUCGCGUCCGCAGUCAGGACGCUGACCAGCAACUUCAGCCACUACUUCGAGAAGAGCGUCCAGAACGGCCUCCCGACCGUCAUCCGCCGCAUCACAGACCUCGAGAGCAAGGCCAACAACCACGCCGACAAGCACGCCGACAUGAACAAGGCCCUCGCCGAGCUCAACCGCCGCGUCUUCGUCAUCGAGCGGACCGCCCCCGGCGCGGGCCAGCCUGCCUCGCUCUGCUGCCACCACUGCAAGGACUUCGAGGACGUCAAGGGCCAGGUGCAGACCCUCAAGUGUGAGAUGAAGCUGGUGCAUGCCGACAUCGAGAAGAUCGACCAGCGCCUCUGGCACCCCAAGAAGGGCGAGGUCGACAUCCAGAUGAUGUGGAAGUUCUGCCAGUGGGCGGGGAAGGAGAUGGAGGACAAGUUUGGCGAGUACGACGGCAAGUUCAAGGCCCUUACCGACAAGGCCGAUGCUGCUGCUGCCUCUGCCGCCGCCGCCGCCGCCGCCGCCGAGGAGCCUCGUGAGAACUGCUGCGGCUGGGACCAGGAUGCCAUCGACACCAUCCUCAAGGCGGCCGGCAGACACGAGGACCGCAUCGCCCAGCUCGAGGCCCACAAUCCUCGUCACAAGGAGAUGUGGGAGUUCUGCGACUCUCUCAAUGGCAUGAUUCCCCAUCUCGUGGAGCACAUUGGCUCGAUCGACGAGAGGCUCAUCACCCACGACACCCAGAUCGCAAAGCUCCAGCGCAUGGCCAAGCCCAAGAACCUGAGGCGGUUCGUGCAGGCCACCGCGGAAGACGCCGUAGCCAAGGCCGUCGCCGCCGCCGUCGCCUCCGCCAUCCAGGCCUCCAAGAAGACCUUCGCCGAGGAGUUUGAGGGUAUCAAGGAGGCCGCCCAGGGUCAGGUCAAGGCCAUCAAGGAGGCCACGCAGAAGCAGGUCAAUGAGGCCAUGGCAGAGGUCAAGAAGAUCAAGGAGUCCACCCAGAAGCAGGUCAACGACAUGAAGCAGUCUGUCCAGAACCAGUUCGAUGAGGCUAUGAAAGAGGCCGAGACCGCCUUUGGCGAGGAAGUCACCGCGAUGAAGAAAGCCAUCAAGAACGAGGCUCAUGCUGCUGUCGCCGAGGCGGCUGCCAAGCAGGACGAGGAGAUCCAGAACCUCAAGACCGAGACCAAGCAGCUCCGCGACAGCCAGGCGGUGCUUGAGAACAAGGCCGAGGCCCAGGAGCAGAGGCUCCUGGCACAAGACAAGAAGCUCGAGGAGCAGGGGAAGAAGAUCGAGGAGCAGGAGGAGCGCAUUGCCGCUCAUGAGCGCAAGAUUAAUACCCAGCCUCCCAAGAUGCCAAAGCUGUCCUUCGACGACGAGGAGGAUCUUGCUGACUCUCCUGGAGCCUCGACAGAGCCCGAGCCCGAGCCUGAGGCCAAGGCUCCUGCUGCGGCGGCGUCGGGUCCCUUCUCCAUCUUUGGCAGCCGUCCUCAGCCUCCCAAGGGCGACUCCAACAUCAACUGGGGGGCCAAGCUUGGCGACUUCAGCUUCGCCGACCUCGACCAGCCGCCCGCUGCCGAUGCUGGCGCUUCCGACGACGGGAUGACUUCGGCCGACGAGCCCGACAGCGUCGCCUCGCCUCAGGGCAGCACCCCCUCGAUCUUCGGGAAGAUCACCAGCCCCCCUGCCCCAGUCGCCAACCCGGCAUCAUCGUCUCUCCGGUUUGACUUCAAGUCUCCACCGAAGGAGCCCGCUGCAACCCCGUCGAUGGCCCCAGAGGGUGCCUUCGACUUCAGCAUGCCGGGUCUGCCCCCAGUCAGCGCGGCCCCGGUCAGCUCCGCGUCGAACUUGGGCGCCGGGUUCGAGAGGAUGAUGAUCAACGGCCAGCUCCCCCCCGUGACCAAGCCGGGCCAGGAGUGCAACGAGCAGGGGAGGCCUAUGAUCAAGCCGCGGUCGAACAAGCCUGCCACCACCCCUGAGCAGGCUCCGACUCCGGCUCCGACUCCGGCUCCAGCUGCUUCGAGCCCCAUCCCCGACCCCGUCCCCAUCGCGAAGUCUCAUGCGAGGUUCCAGGCUUACGUGGAGGAUGAGGAAGAUGAGAUGGACAUCACCGUGGAGGACGAGGAUGUUGAGAUGGACAUGGGCAGCCAGCCUGCUCCUGCUCCUACUCCUGCCCCUGCAGCUGCCCCUGCGAAGCCAUCUGCUGCUCCUCGUCCCGCUCCUCGUCCCGCUCCUCAGCCAUCUGCUGCUCAGCCCUCUGCUGCUUCUCGUCCUGCUGCCGCUCAGCCUCCUCCUGCUGCGGCCCAGGCUCCUCCCGCUGCUCAGCCAAAGCAGCAGCAGCCUUCCCAGAAGCCACAGCAGCCUGAGCAGGCAAAGCAGCCAGAGCUUCCUGGGCAGAAGAUCCAGCAGCCCGGGCAGAAGCUGAAGCAGCCAAAGCAGACCUCGAAGCCACAGUAUCCUGUCCAGCAGCCGCAGAAGGCUGUUUACAAGCCACAGCAACCAACGCAGUCGCAGCAGCCUAUCCAGCAGGGGGUCCGGAACACCAAGUUCUCCCUGGACUUCUACGAACAGUGGAAGCGUUCCGUGUGCGCGGCCAACAUGGACUUUUCCACCAUGAUCGGCCAGCCCAACCGCGACGCCCAGACCAGGCUGAGGUGGAACAAGGAAUGGCACCACAACAUCGACACAAAGAACACCGACCCGCGCCUGUCCACCGACCAGCUGCGGGCCGACCUGAGGCUGCCCGGCGGCGUGAGAGGGUACAGCAGGAACGACAUGGAGCGGCUGAUGGGCGCGUGGCUGCGGAAGGUCUUCCAUGCCGCCAUGAUGGACACGGACAAGACGGACAUGCGGGCCCUGGGCGAGAGGUACAACUUCCUCAUCGACGAGACGAAGAAGUGGCUUACCAGUGCCCAAGCAGAUGUCGCCUAG